AUGGCUGUCACUAUCACAGUGAUUGUCAUCUUCAUGAAGUCCAGAAUCGCCCUUGUGGAGAACAUUCCUGAAGGCCUUAACUACUCUGAAGAUGCCCCGUUUCACCUGCCGCUUUUCCACGGCUGGAUGAACUUACUCAACAUGGCCAAAAAAUCAGUUGACAUAGUAUCUUCCCAUUGGGAUCUUAACCACACCCACCCAUCAGCAUGUCAGGGUCAACGUCUCUUUGAGAAAUUGCUCCAACUGACGUCACAAAACAUCGAAAUCAAGCUGGUGAGCGACGUGACCGCUGCUUCAAAGGUAUUAGAAGCCUUGAAAUUAAAGGGAGCUGAGGUGACAUACAUGAAUAUGACUGCCUACAACAAGGGCCGGCUGCAAUCGUCCUUCUGGAUUGUGGACAAGCAGCACGUGUACAUCGGCAGCGCGGGUUUGGACUGGCGGUCCCUUGGACAGAUGAAAGAACUCGGUGUCAUCUUCUACAACUGCAGCUGCCUGGUCCUAGAUUUACAAAGGAUAUUCGCUUUAUAUAGCUCAUUAAAAUUCAAGAGCAGAGUACCUCAGACCUGGUCCAAGAGACUGUACGGAGUCUAUGACAAUGAGAAGAAGCUUCAGCUCCAGUUGAACGAAACCAAAUCGCAAGCCUUUGUGUCGAAUUCUCCCAAACUCUUUUGUCCUAAAAACAGAAGCUUUGACAUCGAUGCCAUCUACAGCGUGAUUGAUGAUGCCAAGCAGUACGUGUACAUUGCCGUCACGGACUACCUGCCCAUCUCCAGCACGAGCACCAAAAGAUCAUACUGGCCAGAUUUGGAUGGGAAAAUAAGAGAAGCCUUAGUCUUGCGAAGCGUCAAAGUCCGGCUCCUCAUUAGCUUCUGGAAGGAGACUGAUCCCCUCACAUUUAACUUCAUUUCGUCUCUUAAAGCUAUUUGCACCGAAAUAGCCAACUGCAGCUUGAAAGUUAAAUUUUUUGAUCUGGAAAGAGAGAAUGCUUGUGCAACAAAAGAACAAAAGAACCAGACCUUUCCGAAAUUAAACCGCAACAAGUACAUGGUAACAGAUGGAGCAGCUUACAUUGGAAAUUUUGACUGGGUAGGGAAUGACUUCACCCAGAAUGCUGGUACGGGCCUUGUCAUCAACCAGGCAGAUGCGAGAGACAACAGGAGCAUCAUUAAACAACUUAAAGAUGUGUUUGAAAGAGACUGGUAUUCACCUUAUGCCAAAUCCUUACAGCCCACCAAACAACCAAACUGUUCAAACCUGUCCAAACGCAAGCCUCCCUCCAACCAGCCCGCCAAUGGCAAUGCCACCAGGAGGGAGCCCCUGAGUGCAUAGCUCACUGACAGACAGCAAGGCUUCCGACCUAAUGCAGGAAGGACUAGAGCAAAGACAACGGUUUACGACAUCUUUUUUUUUUUUUAAGGAGAAAUAAAAAAAAAGCACACUUAU